UCUUAAAUGUUUCAUCUACUUUUGAGCCUCAUUCAUAUAACCAGGCUGUUAACUUUGAUCAUUUGAAAAAGGCUAUGAAAAAUUAACUGGAUGCUUUGGAAUCAAAUCAAACUUGGUCAUUCCUCAACUACCUCGAGGGGCUAGACCAGUUGGUUGUAAAUGGGUAUAUAGAGUGAAAUUCAGGGCAGAUGGGACCAUUGAAAGGUAUAAGGCUCCACUUGUGGCUAAAGGUUAUACUCAAAGGGUUGGUUUUGAUUAUCAAGAGACCUCUAGUCUUGUGGCUAAACACACAACUGUGAGAACUUUUCUUGCUCUUGCAGCUGUAUAUGGUUGUUUAUAAUGCCUUCUUGAAUGGAGAUUUGUUAGAAGAGGUGUAUAUGGAGAUUCCUUCGGGCUAUGACCUUAAUGUGGAGUAUGAAGACACAUCUAAUCUUGUGUGUAAGUUGUAGAAAUCUUUAUAUGGCUUAAAACAAGCCUCCAGGCAAUGGAAUAUAAAUUUUACAGAUAGCUUGUUGAAGGAAGGAUUUCAUCAGUCCAAAGCUGAUAAUUCCCUGUUCACUAAACAAACAGCUGAUGGUUUUGUUGCUUUGCUUGGGUAUGUGGACGAUAUUAUAAUUGGCAGUAGUAACGAAGUCUUGAUUGAUCAAUUGAAAACUGGUUUGAGCUCAUAUUUCAAGUUGAAGGAUUUGGGAAAGUUACAAUACUUUCUAGGUCUCGAAAUUGCUAGAUCUAGUAAAGGGAUUGUUGUCUCAAAGAAAAUUUGUUUUGGAAAUGUUAGAAGAGUAUGGUGUUCUUGGAGCUAAGCCAAGCUCUAUUCUUGUUGAAGUAAAUGUGAAGUUAACACAUUCAGAAGACAAGUUGCUUACAGAUCCUAGCAUGUAUAGACAGCUGGUGGUUAAGUUAAUGUAUGUUACUUUGAUCAGACCAGAUUUAGCCUAUGGAGUCUGUGUGUUGUCUCAAUUCAUGGAUAGACCAUCUGAAUCACAUCUGGAUGCAGCGUUUAAGGUUCUCAAGUAUCUAAAAAAUGCACCAGGUCAAGGUUUACUCUUGUCCUCUAAAUCAGAGUUCAAACUCUCUACUUAUUGUGAUAGUGAUUGUGCUGGUUAUUUUGAAACAAGGAAGUCCCUAACAGGUUGUUGUGUGUUUUUGGAAGAAUCCUUGAUUAGUUGGAAGUCAAAGAAGCAAACUACAGUUCUUCUUCAGAAGCAGAUAUACGUCCACGGCUGCAACUACUUCAGAAAUUCUUUGGAUGUUCCAGCUGUCAUUGACUUUUAUUGUCGUUAUAUUCUCUUGUAUAUAAACCCAAAAAGGCAGUUAUUCUUUGAGAAUGAGAAACUUUUUCAGCUCAUCUUGUGAUAAAGUGAUGCAUCUGCCCGAAGAGUUCCAGCAAAGGGAAGAUUGUGGUGUGCAAAAUUGAGGUUGUCCGAAGAGAGAAAACCCUUUCCAUACGACAAGGUGGCGGUGCUGGAAUGAUAACUGAUUGAUCCAUUAGUCAAAGAAGUUGGAUUUCAGUUUGUAAUCCCGGCAAAUUUAAUUGGUCAAGAAGAAGCACAGCAGCUUCAAGCAUACAAUAUGAAGAUAGGAAAGUGAACUCUGGAGCUUUGCCUGCCUAAACAAUUCAUCAAUAUAUCGGAAAAGUUCUCCAAGCGCUGAUAUAUGUGUUUAAUGGAUAGCGCAAAAGCAUGGAAAUGACCAAAUACAGCUGCAAAGGGCCAAAACAAUGAAUUUCAAUGUGAUAAGGAGCUGGAUAUAUAUUGCUGAAGUCUUUGAAUUGCUUUCUAUGUGUCAGUCAUUUAUUGCCUCAGAGAAGCCAAUUUCAUUCGAUUACCAAGUGGUUAUGGCGUGGAAACAUCACUCUUUUUCCCUUAUGGAACAGUCAUCCUUUCAUUGUAUUAGCAUUAAUGUAGAUGUGGAAAAAAACCUUCAGCCUAAAGAAAAGUAUCCUGUUAUAGACAAAGAAAAGUCUAAUCAGGCAUCUAACGAGACAGAAAUUUCCAGUUACACUAAUAGUGCCAGUAAGCAUCAGCAUCGUUAUACAAACAGACAAUUUUUGGCUACUUUGUUUGAAAGUGGCAGUCGGUUCAUUUAAAGGUGAAGAAUAAUUUCAAAGUUCAUCGAUCCUCAAGCUAGCUAAGGCUCUAAUGGCUCCCUAUACUCUACCUAUGUGGCUUCCUCUUCUCUUGCUCUUGCCACUAUUGCUUAUAUUCAAACUGAAGAAGGAAGUUAAAAGACAAAACAACCAGCUGCCACCAAGCCCUUUUAAGCUUCCAAUUUUGGGCAACUUACACCAACUUGGUGAAUUGCUUCAUCAAUCCUACUGGCAGCUGUCCAAAAAAUAUGGCCCUGUCAUGCUCCUUCACCUUGGUCGUAUCCCAACUGUUGUAAUCUCCUCUGCCGAGGAAGCAAGGGAGGUCUUGAAAACUCACGAUCUUGCCUGUUGCAGCAGACCUCUUUUAGCUGGCUCUGGUAGAGUCUCUUACAAUUACAAAGAUGUUGCUUUUGCACCCUAUGGUGAUCAAUGGAGAAACAUGAGGAAAUUGAUUGUUCUUGAGUUAUUUAGCUUGAAGAGGGUGCAGUCUUUUUGGUCCCUUAGGGAAGAAGAAGUUGGAUUGCUAAUCAAUUCUAUCUGCGAGGCAGCAUCUUCUGCAACUCCUGUUAAUCUCACUGACAAGUUGUUUGCCCUCACUGCAAAUAUCACAUUUAAGAUGGCUUUUGGAUUCAAUUAUCGAGGGUCUAAAUUUGACACAGAGAGAUUUCGUUUUCAUGAAGUGAUUCAUGAUGCUCAGGCUGUGGCAGGAAGCUUCUCUACAGGUGAAUUAAUUCCAUUUGUGGGUUGGAUUGUUGAUCAGAUAACAGGUCAUCAAGCAAGGACUGAAAGAGUUUUCCAUCAGUUAGAUACCUUCUUGCAAUAUGUAAUCGAUGAUCAUCUAAAACCUGGAAGAAAAAAGAAGCAGGAUGACUUGGUAGAUGUGCUGUUAGGAAUAGAGAAGGAACAAGCCGAACUAGGCAGAGCAGCUCAGUUCACAAAAAGUAACAUUAAAGCAGUCCUCACGAAUAUAUUUCUGGGUGGCGUAGACACUUCUGCAAAUACUGUGAAUUGGGCAAUGGCAGAGCUUGUAAGGAAUCCUAGAGUGAUGAAGCAAGUGCAAGAUGAAAUUAGAAAUCGUGUUGGAAAAAAGGGAAGAGUAACUGAAGGUGAUAUUGAUAAGCUUGAAUACCUCAAGAUGGUAAUAAAAGAAACUUUCAGACUGCAUCCUGCCGCCCCACUACUAAUUCCAAGAGAAACAAUGUCUCACUGUAAAAUCAGUCGUUAUAAUAUUUAUCCCAAGACAAUGAUCCAAGUUAAUGCCUGGGCAAUCGGGCGCGAUCCUCAAUACUGGACGGACCCAGAGCACUUCUUCCCUGAGAGAUUUGCUGAUAGCUCAAUUGACUUUAAAGGACAAAAUUUUGAGUUUUUGCCAUUUGGAGCUGGUAGAAGAAUUUGUCCUGGGAUGCACAUGGGAACAAUAACAGUAGAGGCUGUACUUGCAAAUCUUCUGUAUUGUUUUGAUUGGAAAUUACCUAAUGGGAUGCAGGAGGAAGACAUUGAUAUGGAAGAGCGAGCCGGUGUUAGUCUUACUGUCUCUAAGAAGACUCCUCUAAGCCUUGUGCCUGUAAAGUACUUCAGUGACUGCUAGAAGGUAACACGGGCUCUGAAAGGCAUAUUAGUAUAUGUAUGUAUCAAUAACUUAAGUAUGUUGUGUGUAUCUAAACAAAGUAGAUAUGCAAUAUGCAUAUGUCUGUCGAUGUGGCCUUCUUAGAAUACUAUAGGCAAUUUCAACACAAGGAGCUUGGUUGAAAUGUUACCUUAAUAUUGAAAUAAAAAAUAUGCUACAGCAUUAUUAUA